AGGGAGGAGAAGGGAGGCAAGAAAGUAGCAGAAAGUGAGGCUGGCAGCCGGCGGCGAAGGAGCCGGGCGAGCGGCGGCGGCAGGAAGUCUGUGCCCGAGACGAGCAGAAAGAAGAGCCCGAGAGGGAGCGCGGCGGCGGCGAGAGUGAAAGAGGAAACUGCAGAAGAGGAAGCUCUGCCGCAGCCCCGAGUCCUCCGGCUCCCGCGCCGAGCAUCCCCGCGCCGCCCGCCCCAACCCUCCCGGGCCCGCGCGCCGCCGCCCCCUGCGCCCCUGCCGCGGGCGCCCCCUCCUCAGCGCGCCCCCCCGGCCCCGCGCGCCCCCCCGCCGCCCCGCCUGCCGCCCUCCGCGCACGCCGCCCUCGUCUGCCAUGGCCCGGGAGAACGGCGAGAGCAGCUCCUCCUGGAAAAAGCAAGCCGAAGACAUCAAGAAAAUUUUCGAGUUCAAGGAGACCCUCGGAACCGGGGCGUUUUCGGAAGUGGUCUUGGCCGAAGAGAAGGCGACUGGAAAACUCUUUGCGGUGAAGUGCAUCCCCAAGAAGGCGCUAAAGGGCAAAGAAAGCAGUCUAGAGAAUGAGAUCGCCGUCCUGAGAAAGAUUAAGCAUGAAAACAUUGUUGCCCUGGAAGACAUUUAUGAAAGCCCAAAUCACCUGUACUUGGUCAUGCAGCUUGUGUCUGGUGGCGAGCUGUUUGAUCGCAUAGUGGAGAAGGGAUUUUACACAGAGAAAGAUGCCAGCACUCUGAUCCGCCAGGUCUUGGAUGCUGUCUACUAUCUCCAUAGAAUGGGCAUUGUCCACAGGGAUCUCAAGCCUGAAAAUCUGUUGUACUACAGUCAAGAUGAGGAGUCCAAAAUAAUGAUCAGUGACUUUGGAUUGUCAAAAAUGGAGGGCAAGGGAGAUGUGAUGUCCACAGCCUGUGGAACCCCAGGCUAUGUUGCUCCUGAGGUCCUUGCCCAGAAACCUUACAGCAAGGCUGUUGACUGCUGGUCCAUCGGGGUGAUUGCCUAUAUCUUGCUCUGUGGCUACCCUCCUUUUUAUGAUGAAAAUGACUCCAAGCUCUUUGAACAGAUCCUUAAGGCGGAAUAUGAGUUCGACUCCCCGUACUGGGAUGACAUCUCCGACUCUGCAAAAGACUUCAUUCGGAAUCUGAUGGAGAAAGAUCCAAAUAAAAGAUACACGUGUGAGCAGGCAGCUCGGCACCCGUGGAUCGCCGGUGACACAGCCCUCAACAAAAACAUCCACGAGUCCGUCAGCGCCCAGAUCCGGAAGAACUUCGCAAAAAGCAAAUGGAGACAAGCAUUUAAUGCCACAGCCGUGGUGAGACAUAUGAGGAAACUGCAUCUCGGCAGCAGCCUGGACAGUUCAAAUGCAGGUGUUUCGAGCAGCCUCAGUUUGGCCAGCCAAAAAGAUUGUCUGGCCCCCUCCACGCUCUGUAGUUUCAUUUCCUCUUCGUCGGGGGUCCCAGGAGUGGGAACGGAGCGGAGACCGAGGCCCACCACUGUGACGACAGUACACUCUGGAAGCAAGUGACUGGCUCUGGAGGUGGGGCCCGGGGGGCAUGGCCAGGGAAUGGGGCCCCCGGGGGCCACCAGCGCCACCAGCCACUCCAGAGUGAUCCCACCUUGCGUGGUGCGCCUUCCUGCACAGGACUGGAAGACAGAAGUUUUUUUAUGGCCAUAUUUUAUACUGCAAUUCUGAAGUGUUCAUUUCUCACAAACUGUACUGACUCCAGGGAACUGAUUUAACAGGAUCUGGUGCUGUAUAUACGAAUCUUGCAAUGCUGUAUCAGAACCUUCUUUGUCCUCUCCCCAACUCCUGUCUUUUCGGCUCUUCUCAGUAUAGGCAACCGUCUAUGUUGUAUUUUUUCAUUAAUGACAAAAAGAGGUUUCAACUGGAUUAUUUAAGUAUUGGUAAAUAUUUUGUGCAUUAGGGCUUUAUUUUUUUCCUUUUAAGAAAUAUGUCCUUUCGAUAUAUACUUCUUAGUUACAUGACCUGUAUCUUUUGCUUGUCAAUAGUAGAGUUUUAUGUUAACCUUUGAGAGAUUUUUUUUUUUCCCUCUCCAAGGGAAAUUUAAAGGUAUUUUAAAAAAUUCUAACAAGAGGAUCGAGAAGCUGUCUCCAAGGCGAAGAGUGCACUUUACUUCUGUUCCGUCUCUUUCUCUCCCCUUCCUUGGAGGGGCAGCUCUCUAAGAAGACAGCUUAGUGGUUCUGCAGGCCUGUCUUCUCUCCGGAGCAGUUUUGGGAGGGAACCUGCAGACAACCUCUCCUGGCAGCUUCUCCAGCAAACCCCUCGCCAACCGGAGACCCUAGGGACCUCUUGUCCUCAGCGGUCAGAAAUUCAGAAGCCUGCUCCCCCGAGACUAGAGACUAAACUUCAGAGGCUGGACUUGCUGUGAAGAAGAUGCCCACCCAGCAAAGAUUUAAGAGCCCCUUUUAAGGAACAAGGAACAAGAAGGAACAAGAUGUCAUUUAGUUUCAAGUGAACUUCCCACCCAGCUCUCGUUUCUCAUGAGGGGUCCCACACAAAAGCUCUGCUCUCAGCUAUGCAGUUUUAAAAUGAAUCUCUCUCUUUUUUAAAAACGCAUUUCUAAUCUUAUACUUCAAAUGGCCUCUGGCUCACAUAAGUUGUUUCUGCAAAUUUUUACCCUGUUCUUCUGAUGUUAUCGGGGGAAGAGAAAGAAACGGCCUUGGAAAAGAAUCCAUUUAUCUAGGGUGGUGAGGAGAGGUGACCUGCCAAGCAAGCAGGUUACUGGCCACUGCAGUGAUGGCCAGAGAGUACCUCAGCCAGGCCCAGCCAGUGCUGGAAGACGUCCCUCUGACCAGGGAAAUCUGAAACCAAAGACCUAUCAUGGUGGGGUCACCAAAAAUCCCAGUUUGCACAGGUCUGAAGGAUUUCCCGGGAUGUAGGACUUUCAAUGCUAAAACUGGCAAUGUCCCGGGCAAACCGGGCCACGUCCUUUCCCCACGUGGUGGAUAGGUGUGCGGGCUAGAGUGAGCACAGUGUGUAACCCAGGGCAAACCACUUUUCAAGGAGGCUUCAAGGAUGCUGCCUUGGAGAGGCAAGCAGGUGGCUCCAAAUGCCAGCUUUGCAAAAGCCCGCCCUUGGCCCUCCUGCCCACGUAGCGCUGCGAGUCUGCAUUCCGCACAGUCAGCCUCAAGCCCACCGAGUGUCCCUGUAGGUCUGCCUGAUGGUACAACAACUUUCCUGGCUGUUGUCCUCAUGCCCUUCUACAGUUGGCCAGACUCGGCAGGUCUGUGGGUCAAGCCAUCUUUGUCACCUUUGCCUAUGUCCAGGCUAAAUGUUUAGUGAUAACCCCUAACACACACACACACACACACACACACACACGCACACGCACACACGCACAGUGUUACUAGGUUCAGCAGCUCCCUCCUGCCUCUCUUAGGAUGCCAGUGCGGGUAUGUAUAAGAGCAGCCAGAACACAGGCAGCUGGCCAGUAGUUUAAGGCAUUGGCCGGCAUGGCCCUGUGGCCCACCCAGAGCCUUGGCUGGUAUUGAUCCUUCACACUGGAGAAGCCACUCUGGAACCAUCGUUCCAGGGCUGAAGACAGGAGAGCUAGGGUUAUUGCCUCUGUGCUUGCCAGCAACACUCCCUACUUUGUGCAAUUUCCACAGAGCACUGCUGGGUUUCCUUUGGAUACGUGAAAGGAAAGUGAGGGCCAGCAAAGGGCAGCUCCUCCCGCUUCCACAAACAGAAAUAAGAUGUACUCUUUCCCAGGGUCACACAGUCACUUCUGGCAAAUGAAAUGAAGGUCUCUGAUUCAACCAAUGCACGAAACUUUUGCAUGUUCUUCUGAAACAAUACUACUUCCACUUUCUAUCUUCUCACACUCUGCAAAGUUUGCCUUGUCCUUAAACACAUUCCAGACCAAACACUGUUCAGUUUGUUUCUUAAAAAAAAUACUGUACAUACCUGUAUGUAACCCACCACUCUUUUGGGGGGCACCUGGUCCAAGGUUGGGGCUGCAAAUGUACCUGACAUUUGCAAAAAUGCGUUCCAAUCCUCUUAUUUUCAGAGCUGAAAAUGUUGAGAUAGAAAAGGUGAAUUGGGCAGAUUCCCCAAAGGGAACUUAUUUCCCGAAGACGCCAAGAAAACUAGUCUGCAGAUGAGUUAGCUGGAAAACCUCUGCUGUGGACAGCAGGCUGGGAGGGGAAAGAGGAAGACAGAGGCCCACGCCCCAUUCAGCCCGAAGCUUCAUUGUGGUCCCAGUGCAUCCCAAUCUGCAGCCCGGGCGUGGGCGCAGGAGCCCAGCCCCACUGUGAAGUCGGCCCUGCAUGCUGGCCAAGGCCUGGCCUGCCUCCUGCUCUGCGCCCAAUCAGAUGGGAAGGCACAUCAGCCCUUCCCGGCCUUCCCUGCCACCGGCAGCAGGAGCAGCUUGGCUUGUGCCUCUGGGGGACUCCGCUUCUGCAAACACAAAGGCUGUGCAUUUGGCAGCCAAACCCGCAGCAUGUGGCUGCCAGGUCUGGUUUUGCGGACAAAGCAAAGUGUGGAAUGGCUUCUCGGUGUCUGUAUCUUUCUACACCAAAGGGACAAACCGUUGCAUUCACCCUCUGUACUAACGCCGCUUCUGCAUUCGCCGCAUCCAUUUUAAACCUUUUGGUCUCCGGGGAACUUCUCAUAAGAUGAUUAUGUCUUCUGAUCAUUUACCGGAUUAUUUUACUUAGAGGUGAUUUUAUUUUCUUGUGGACAGGAAAAAAGAAAAUGAGAAGAGUGUUUGAGGCUUUAGUCAUAAAGAUAAAACAUCAUGAGGGACUCGAAAGCCCCAAACACUAGAUAAAUUAUUUCUCAAAGGAAAACCUUAAUCUGGACAGACUGAGAUUCCCAGGUCCUCCUGGUAGCCCUGCACUUCGGGGAGCAGGGGUGCUGGGGCAGGGCUGGCAGCCAAGCUUUCAGGAGAGAGAAAGCAGGAAGAGGAGCCUCUGCUUAGAUGACUGUCCUGUACACUGUACAGUGUCCUUCCCAGGGACACUGGCCUUCAGAGUGGCAUCAGACAUGUCCAAAUGGCGACAGGAGAGCCGCAACAGUGUCUCUGUUUUGAAAGAUGAGGUGGCGUGUUUCAGAGAUCAUUUGUCUUAAUCCCAUCUUCAGGUUGGAAGACAUAAAAGGCCUGUCCAGAAUAAAAUUUGGAACAGUUUCUAAAUUGGGUUUAGUCACUACGGGUAACGUUAUUGCCCUUCUUGCAGCACCCCCAACAGUGAGCGUGUUUUCCAGAAGCUACGACGUCAAACCCGGGAACGUCCCCGUGUCUCUUAUUACCAGGCUUGUGAUUGGUUCAAUUUUUCCAUAAAAACAUGCUUGUCCAAAAGAAGGGAAACUGUGCAUUUACUCCAUGCAUGUAGUCAACUCUGCAAGAAGUUGAACCCACCUAGGUUUGCGGCACUGCAAAAUUGUUAAUGGGCCCAUGUAGCAAAUGAUUCUCUGCCUUGACAAUCAUGUACACAUAUCAGGAUUUCUAUCAUAAUGAUAACGAGAUUGAUGACUUCUUGUUUUCCUCCAAUAAAGACAAUUAAUCACCUUCA